CGAGUAAACGGAACUCUAAAUAAUUUCAUCAAUAAAAUCACACGCUAAGACCGAGAACGAGAACGAGAACGAGAUCCAUCUCUUCCAUUCCAAUCUGAUCUCUUCUCCCACCCAUCAAUUCAUUAUUCCCUUUCAAUCCCAGUUUUGAUUAUUCAUUUUUAUUAUUGUUCUUUCGAAUUUUUGAUUUUUGUUACAUCUAUCUGAUCUCACUCCAAAUUGUUGUGUUCAGUAUCUAUCAUCCUUCAUUUCCAUCUCAUUUUUCUCUUUCCAAACCACUCAUUUAUUAUUUUAUUUUAUUUUUUGUUAUUAUCUAUCCCUUCACGCUAAAGUGAACAAGUUAUUUAGAGUUUGCUCAUUCAUUUCCUAUGAAAAAUUCUAAGUUUUCUUCCUCGUGAAACCGAACAUACCUUGUUCUGUUUAUUGGACAAGAGAUUUGAUCUUUGAAACGUGUGAAAAGAUUUUAAUUCAAUUCAAACGUAUAUAAAAAAGGAGGGGUGUUGAAAGUAAAAAAAAAAGAUGGCUGAGUUUGGAGUAAGAUUGUGGAGGUGUGUGAAAAUGGGAUCUAUAUUAUGGAUGUUAUUAUUGUUGUUUUGUUUUGUAUCUUCUUUUGGGAUUGUCUCUGGUGAAAGAAGGCUUAUGAAAAUUGAAGUUUCAAGUUUUAAUGUUACCACUCAAAAGCACGAACAACACAAUUUUCUCACAAAAGCUGUGAAUUUCUUAUGGCAAACAGAUGGAUCCGGGUAUCAACACGUGUGGCCGGAUAUGAAAUUUGGGUGGCAACUUGUGUUGGGUAGUUUUAUUGGAUUUUGUGGAGCUGCGUUUGGAAGUGUUGGUGGUGUUGGUGGUGGUGGCAUAUUCGUUCCUAUGCUUAGUCUUGUUAUUGGGUUUGAUCCAAAAUCAUCGACGGCUAUCUCCAAAUGUAUGAUUUUUGGUGCAGCUCUGUCAACAGUUUACUACAACCUUAGAUUGAGACAUCCAACCUUGAAUAUGCCAAUCAUUGACUAUGAUUUGGCACUUCUCAUUCAACCUAUGCUCAUGCUUGGCAUCAGCAUUGGAGUGGUCUUCAAUGUUGUAUUUCCUGAUUGGCUUGUCACUAUAUUGCUGAUUGUUCUUUUCUUAGGAACGUCAACAAAAGCAUUUUUAAAAGGGGUUGAGACAUGGAACAAGGAAACUAUAAUGAAAAAGGAGACUGCCAGAAGAAAUGAAUCAAUUGGUUCUGGCGCUGAUGCAGAAUAUAAAGCUCUUCCAACUGGACCAAAUGGUGCCACCGAAAAGGAGGACACCAAGGUGACUAUUUUGGAAAAUGUGUACUGGAAGGAAUUUGGGCUUCUAGUAUUUGUUUGGGUUUCAUUUCUUGCACUACAGAUUACUAAGCAAAAUUACACAACUACAUGUUCAACAGCAUAUUGGGUACUGAACCUGUUGCAGAUUCCAAUCUCAGUUGGGGUAACAGGAUAUGAGGCAACUGCAUUGUUCACAGGGAAAAGAGUAAUAGCUUCAACUGGUGAUCAAGGGAAAGAAUUUACUGUUUUCCAACUAGUCAUCUAUUGUGUCUUUGGCGUGCUGGCCGGUAUAGUUGGUGGAUUGCUCGGACUCGGAGGAGGUUUCGUUAUGGGUCCACUUUUUCUGGAGCUUGGAGUCCCUCCUCAAGUGUCAAGCGCCACAGCAACGUUCGCCAUGACAUUCUCCUCGUCUAUGUCUGUUGUGGAAUACUACUUGUUGAAACGAUUUCCAAUUCCUUAUGCUCUUUACCUCGGCCUUGUAGCUACUAUUGCAGCUGUUGUUGGACAGCAUAUUGUGAGAAAAUUGAUCAUUCUAUUUGGAAGAGCAUCACUCAUCAUCUUUAUUCUAGCCGGCACAAUAUUUAUCAGUGCAAUCUCACUAGGUGGAGUUGGCAUUUCAAAUAUGGUGCACAAGAUUGCCAGUCAUGAAUAUAUGGGAUUUGAGAAUAUUUGCAAAUAUGGGUCCUAGCACAUUUGUGAAAAUUAUUUUCUAGUGUUUACAUUAUUCAAGUUCAGUUCCAAGGCCAAGAGCUAUGGGUUGGCCAAGAUAGAUUAUUUCUUAUCCUGUUGGGUGUCAAUUUUUAUUAUUGCCAGGUCAUGGAGUGAUUUUGUAGAAACUUAUAUUUAUUCAUAUGUAAUUUGAAUCUGUGUUAUUAUUCAAUGAAAAGUUGACAACAAUCCAAUUCGGGUCAUGUCACACUAUUUAUUAUUAUUA